AUGAUUAUAAAUAAGGAAGAGCAGGGAGCAUUCACCAUUCCAUUCACUAUCGGUAUGCUUCAAUUUGCUAAAGCUCUAUGUGAUUUGGGGGCAAGUAUAAAUCUAAUGCCCUAUGCAUACUAUAAGCAACUUGGGCUGGGCGAACCAAAAUCCACAACAAUGCGACUUCUUAUGGCGGACCAGUCAAUCAAACACCCCGUUGGGAUACACGAUAAUAUAUUGGUGAAGGUUGAUCGAUUCAUCUUUCCGGCUGAUUUUGCUAUUCUAGAUUGUGAGAUCGAUGGUGAAAUUCCCAUUAUUCUGGGAAGACCAUUUUUAGCAACCGAGAGAGCGCUAGUGGAUGUUGAAAGCAGAGAACUGAAGUUCCGGGUAAAUGAAGAUGAGGUCACCUUUAAUGUGUGCAAGUCAAUGAAACACCCGAGUGAUAUUCAUGUGGUUUCGAUAGAUGAUGUAAUUGAUAAAACGGUGGCUAGUGUGAGCCAUUUGAUGUUUAUGAGUGAACCUCUUGAGGUUGUUCUUGCAAACUAUGAUUUGAUCGAAGUUCAAGGUUAUAAUGAAGUGGUAGCCGCUCUUUCAGGAGUAGGAGAAUACUCAAGGAACCCAUUGUAG